UAAAUACAUAUACUCAAACGUUGAAUCACAGCGUGUUUGGAGUUUCUGUUGGAACUAUUUGAGAAGAAAAUUCGGCCAGGAGUGGGGCGGUGUGAAGUCUGCUCCGCUAAUGUACGCAAACGGUGAACAUCUGAUUGGUGAAAGAAUCCUCACCCAUCUCUCAUCCGUGCUGCCGUGGAUUCAUCAAGCUGCCCACUUGCAUACGCACAAUUACACACACCUUCAUACUAAGUACUUCUUGCAGAUUCACACUUCAUUUAACCGAACUCACAUCUCCAGACCUCAUUCAGAAACUGAAGGGAAGAUCUCCAACUCCUCCGUAUGCUUCAACAUAUCCGCCCCUGCGGCAUAAUGACCACUUACAUCAAACAUAUUUGGCAUGCUCUAGCUGUACCGCCAAUCUUUAAAAGAUAGCAUAGCGAUCUCAGCUAUAUUAUUCAAUAUAUCAUUGAGUGUCAGACCCUUAGUUGACCUCUAUUACCCUGAAUGUGGAGUAUCAUGAUGGAAACCCUUCAGACCGAACGGCGAUAUGUAUCGAUAAAGCUCAAUAAUGUGCCCUUUGCCCGGAGACUGCUCUACACAUUAUUUCGACGUGAACCCCGUCUGCCUAAUUACGCAUUUGGACCUUGAUUCUACUGUAAUUCCAUGACCCAAAGUAACUCAGACAUCAUAAUCGUUCAUGUGUAGAGAUCGAUUCGUUCCCGCCUCACGCGGGAUAUGACUGGCAUUGAAUAAUUAGUUUUGCUGAGCGCAUGCUUCAAGACUGUGAAUGAUGAUAUGAUUUUACCCCGUAGCCCAGCCUUCCACCUGAACCCGGUGGGUGGUGAUGGGUUGCCAAGCGAUCACAGAACUUCGUAGCUCCCGAGCAAUCUCCGCGGCGAUCUCUGGACUUUUUUUUGGGCCCUGUCAGGCUUCGACCUUCAACCUCGACUCUGCUCCACACCCAUCAUGGCAGAAUCAGGCGCGAAAGCGCCGCCGACUGGCCCAACCCCAAAUGGCUCUACGAAACCACCAAAAGCCCCAAACCCCGCCUUCAGGAUGAUGGGCCUCCCCAACUUUCGCUUCAAACUCCCCUCGCGCAAUUGGAUGAUUUUCCUCGGUGUUACAGGCUCCUGGACGGCUGCUGUAAUGUACGAUCGACGUGAGAAGAAACGUAUACAAAAGAAAUGGACGAAAAUGGUUGAGCACAUCGCCCGGGAGACGCAGGACGUGCACCAACUACCUCGCAAGCUUACCAUUUACUUGUCCGCUCCGCCCGCAGAUGGUUUGUUAUCUGCGCGCGAACACUUCAACGAAUACGUAAAGCCAAUACUCGUCGCGGCAGCAUUGGAUUGGGAUGCAAUCGAGGGCAGGAGGGAAGGGGAUGUCAGAGCUGGAUUAGCCGAAAGGAUACGCAGACUGCGGAUAAGGAGAGGGGAGCACACUACCGAGCCUGUGGAACCGGAUCUACAAGAUAUAAUUGGAGAGAUGCGGCAAAGAUCAGGCGCCGUUGAGUGGAAUGGCCCCGCAGGAGAUGUUGUUAUUGGGCGUCACACAUGGAAAGAGUACGUGCGAGGCAUGCACGAGGGGUGGUUAGGGCCAUUGGACAACCCUACUCCCAUAGUGGAAGAGCCUCCCGCGCCAGCAGUGCCUGUCCCGGAAGCCUCGCUGGACGCUACUACAAACCCAAGCUCUACCACUACUGACGACGCAUCCCCGACUGUGGUUCACGAAAGCGCAAAACCCGAAGAGCCCGAGAAGCCAAAAGAAGACGAGAAUAAACCCAAGAAGAAGGUACAACCGCCACCUUUCAACAGACCUAGCGACUAUGCGGAGGCCAACCUGCCUGUGACUUGCCCACAGGCCUUGGGUCCUGCGGUCGCAAUACCCCUUCAACACUUGCUGGGCUUUUGGAACUUCCCCAUCCGCAUGUAUCGCUUUCUGAACAGAAGGAAGGUUGCAGAUGAGGUCGGAAGAGACACCGUGGCUGCGGUUCUCGGCGCAUACAGGCCGUUCCACACCGAAUCAGAUGGUCUUGCUGGAAACUCACAAUGGGAACAGCAAAAGCUGCUGGCACACGAAGAGCCAGACUGGCACAAAUCCGCAACAAAGCGCGAGGAGGAGGAUGAUAAAGAGAGGGUCUGGCUGGAUGACAUGGUCCUUGACCCUCGUAUCGCUGAGCGCAUGAGGAAGUUUGAGCUGGACAGUGAUGUGGAACAACGUGCUGUCCAGUCCGUGGACGAUGACAAAGAAGAGUCAUGGCUUCAGUCAUUCUGGCCUAAAAAGGAGAAGAAGCUUUGGGAGGGGCUAACAGAUGAGGAAUGA